GAGGAAUUUACCUCACGCGGAACCAAAAGUGCACUGGCAGUUCCCAGGGAACUCUUUACAGGUCGGACCGAGUGAGCGGAAGUUGUGUGCCUUGCUUGCGGAGGUCACAAGUAGAGUUGCUUCUCCCGGCUCAUCAGGGACAUUCAGGGUACACACUGUGUAUCAGUGGCUGUGGAAUAAGUUAGCUGCUGCAACAUCAGAGUCAUGGUGAAGAAAAGGCGACUUCGCUUCAUAGCAGAAAUGGCCCGGAAGAUCCGGGCGUACCGAGAGCUCAAGUCCCGGCCGCGGGAGUCCCAGAAGUACGCCCUGGACUAUGAGACGAUGAAGCGGCCUCACACGGGGAAGAUGCUGCCUGUGCUGGCCUGGCAGGAUGUCCGCAGGGAGAGUCGCCUCUUCUCUCUGCUGUCAGGCAUGAGGAUGUUCGGAGUGGGGCGCCUCUUUACCCGCAAGUCCUGGCUGGAGGACCAACCGGAGCCCAGCUACUGGCAGAUCACCAAGGUCAAGUUGGACUACACAGCUGAGAACAUGGAUCAUGGCAAAGCAUGGGGGAUCCUCAACAACAAAGGAAAUCAGGAGAGCGAGGUCAAGGAGGUGGACAAGGUGAUGUACCACGACUGGCGCCUGGUUCCCAAACACAUGGAGCAGGAGUUUAAGGACUUUCAGCCGCUCCCUGAGCCGCCUGUGCGCUACGUCCCCUACCCUCCCCUCCUCCGCGCCAUGAUGCUGGCCCAGCACAAGAAGGCAGUGGGCACGGUAGUGGCCGAGGAGCCGGCGUUGCCUUUAAAGAGGGACGUCCUGCUCAACAAAGACUAUUUCCACAAGCGGGAACAAGAGACGCAGAGGACAGAGGGGACAGCCGUGUGAUACUUGUGGUUCUGAAGGUGUAAAUCUUGGACAUUUUGGACCCAAUCAGUGUUGACAGAAGUCGUAACUUCUUCUGUCCAAGUACACUGGAAGCCCUCGCCUCAAUGUCCCUAUAAAUCCUGGACUCAAAUGAGUUAUCUGCUAUUUUCAUCUGAAGCAGGCUUCUCUGUGUGUAGUAUGUAUCUGUGUAAAGUGGUAAAUAUUAAAUUUCAGAUAAAUUAUAGCUGC